CCCCCGAGCGGCCCGUUCCGGGUGGCGGGGCCGGGGUACGCGCGGCGGGGGCGGGCGCGGGGCUGAGCCGAGGCGCGGCGGCCCCGGGGCCCCAGGUGAGCGCGGCGGGGCCGGCAGUGAGCCCGUGGUCCCCGCCGCCCCCCGCCGUCCCCCGCCGUCCCCGCCGCAGCCCCCCGAUGUCCCAGCCCGGCAGCCACCGGCCCAGCCGCCCGGAGCCGCGCCGCGCCGAGCCGGCCCCGCCGCCAGAGGCAGGUGAGACCUCGCGCCCUUCGCCCAGGCAGACGCCAGCGUCACCGGCCACAGAGCCCCGGCCGCCCAGCCGCCCCGCUGCUGGCCCCGCCGCCCUGAAGAAGGAGAAACCCCUGGAAGAUGAUGAGUCCCAAAAAGUCCUGACGAAAGGCCCCCGGGCCGAGCUUGCAGGCGCUCCCGAAGCUGUGACAUGCCAGCCCCAGGUGCGAGCAGCCCCGCAGCCCCCCAGCCCCUGCACCCACCUGCUGCAGAACGGUGCUGGGCGGGGGCCGGAUCCAGGCGGUGCCAACGGGGAGGCGGGGAACGGGGUCUUCCGCCCCCUCCCCAGCACCCAGAAGCCUCACCGAAAGCUGCAGUCACACCACUCCAUCAACAGCCAGAGCAGCAAGAAGAGCAAGGGCAGCUCCAAGUCAGCUUCUUCCCACAUCCCUAUCGAGGCACAAGAAGACUGUUGUGUCCACUGCAUCCUCUCCUGCCUCUUCUGUGAGUUCCUGACCCUCUGCAACAUCGUGCUGGACUGUGCCACCUGCGGCUCCUGCACCUCCGAGGACUCCUGCAUCUGCUGCUGCUGCUGCAACUCGGGCGAGUGCGCGGACUGCGACCUGCCCUGCGACAUGGACUGCGGCAUCAUCGAUGCCUGCUGCGAGUCAGCCGACUGCCUGGAGAUCUGCAUGGAGUGCUGCGGGCUCUGCUUCUCCUCCUGAGGGGCCGCACUUGACGGGGGAGGGGACCAGGAGUGGGACCCCCCAGGCUCUCCCACAGUGGCCAAGGGUCCAGCCGGUCCCUGAGCUGGCGUGAAACACCGAACAAUGGAGCCUGGCGAAGGAGAGCGAUAUCCCCCUUUGGAACCUCAUCCUGGGAGCUGGUGAGCCAGGCUUGGGUCCUGCCUGGGGAGGGGUGAACCCGUAGGGCCACGGGGGCUCCGGGGGCAGCCAGCAUCCCCUCACGCUCUACCUCUUCCCUGCACCGGGCCGGUUCGCUGAGGAUCGCGGGAGCCUCCUGCCACCUGAGCCGAGAGCAGGAGCAUCCCACAGAGCCCCCAGGUGCCACCCCAGGGUUUCAGCUUUGGGGACAGCCUGUCCUGCUGCCACCGUGCUGCCCCAGGACAGGGCUCCGGGUGCAUCGCUCUGGUUUAUGUGGGGUGGCACAGAGCAUCACAGGACACCUCCAGGGCUGGGUGCAGCGCAGAGCCUUGCCCCCUGCCCGGAGCCCACCGGCCACCGGGAGAUGCCAAAGCCUUCUGCCAGGCUGCGGAGCCCCGUGCUGUGGGAUGCAUCCUGCCAGCCCCUGCCCCUCCUCAGUGCUGAGUUCGGCAGCCGAGUGCAAUACACACAGCCUGCUCCCUUCCCGGUUUCACCAGCUGGGAAGAAUCUUCUUCACCGGUCCCUGCAGCAGGGUUGCGGCUGGGGGCCAGGGCAGCUGGGGUUUGGGGAGACCCCGGAGCUGUGCCAAGCUGUUACCCACCCCGGUGUGUCCCAGGGGAGUGGUGGGGCAGGGUUUGUUUGGUGCCAAAUGACCCCCAGCAGUUGUUGGCCCCAUCCUGCCAGCCCAGGGACAGGGCUGGGUGGGGGUGGAAAACACCCCCUCAAAGGGCUGGGGAGAAGUGGGGGGAAGUGUCAUGGUAUUUUAUUUUUUUGUCCUUUUCGUUUGUUAACUGUAAAUAAAGGUCUUUCUUCAUUUCUGACCAAUGGCUGCCCCAUCAUGUGCUCCGCAGGGCACUCCCAGGGGACAGCUGCU